AUGGGCCCAUGGCUGAACCGGCCGGGCAGCAGCAGCCUACCCCGCCAGCUCUGCUGCAAUGGAGCAGGAGCUGCACCGACCCAUGGAGCUGCCCCGGGCUUCCGCUUCCACCCGACCGACGAGGAGCUCAUCACGCACUACCUCGCCCGCAAGGUCGCCGACGCCCGCUUCGCUGCGCUCGCCGUCGGCGAGGCCGACCUCAACAAGUGCGAGCCCUGGGACCUGCCAUCGCUGGCGAAGAUGGGGGAGAAGGAGUGGUACUUCUUCUGCCUCAAGGACCGCAAGUACCCGACGGGGCUGAGGACGAACAGGGCCACGGAGGCCGGGUACUGGAAGGCCACGGGCAAGGACAAGGACAUCUUCAGGCAGGGCAACGGCAAGGCGCUCGUCGGGUCCAAGAAGACGCUCGUCUUCUACACGGGGAGGGCGCCCAAGGGCGAGAAGUCCGGCUGGGUCAUGCACGAGUACCGCCUCCACGGCAAGCUCCAUGGCGCCAUCGUCCCCCCCAAGGCCGCCGGCGGCUCCAAGAACGAGUGGGUGCUGUGCAGGGUGUUCAAGAAGAGCCUUGUCGUAGGUGGUGCAGCACCAGCCGCAGGCAAAAGGGGCGGCAUGGAGAUGGCCAAGAUGAACGACGACAUAGCUGCCAUCUCUCACCUCCCUCCGCUGAUGGACGUGUCCGGCGCCGCCGCCGUCAAUCCCGCGGCGGCACACGUGACCUGCUUCUCCGACGCGCUGGAGGGCCAGUUCUUCAACCAGCAGACGCCGCCGCCAGAAGCCGCCACGGACCACCUCAGCCUCGCCGCCUCCUCGCCGUUCCUGCUAUCCGGGUUCGCGCAUUACGGGCCGCUGCACCACGGCGCGACGAGCCUGGUACAGCUCCUGGAAGGCAGCGUCUACGGCGGCGGCGGCGGGCUCCCGGACAUGUCCAACAAGCAACAGCAGCAGCCCGUGCCGGCGCCGGCGCCGCCGUGCAAGAAGGGGGGCGGCGAGCGGGAGCGUCUGAGCGCGUCGCAGGACACGGGGCUGACCUCCGACGUGAACCCCGAGAUCUCCUCCUCCUCCGGCGCCCAACGGUUCGACGACGACCACCUCUGCUGGGGCUACUGA